UCUAUAGUGCUGCUACAACUAUCACUGUGUUGUUUUGACGUCUUCGUGUUUUCAUGUAAUCUUGGGGGUUGGGCUGUCAGGUUGCAUGUCAAUCUCGGAGUAAUUAUUUAUGAUUUAGAUAUCAAUAAUUCCCUUCAAUAUCUCUAAUGUUUCACUCAUUGAACAUAUUUUCGUUAUCCAAGACAAAUGGCCGAACGUAUAGAGGCAGUGGUUGAAUUCGAAUAUAAAGCACAAGAAUCUGAUGAAUUAACAAUUAAGAAAGGAGACUUUAUCAAUGAUAUCAGAAAGCAACCAGGUGGUUGGUGGGAAGGAACCCAUGCCAAGACUGGAAAAAGAGGAAUGUUUCCUGAAAAUUUUGUAAAGAUGCUGGAUCCUGCCAACCCAAAGAUGGAUGUAACUUUAAGACCAGUGUCUGGCCGCCGAUGUCGGGUGCUGUUUAGUUACCAGCCAGCCAACGAUGAUGAACUGGAGCUGCAGGUGGGCGAUGUCAUCGACAUCCUCUCAGAGGUGGAGGAGGGUUGGUGGAAAGGCAAACUCAAUGCACAGGUAGGAGUAUUCCCUUCAAAUUUUGUUGCCGAAGUUUUUGAAGAUGCCACUGAGACUAAAGAAGCAUCGCAUCGGAAAACUUCAAGAAGCAGUUUGGAUUCUGAUUCAACCAAACAAUCAAAUGCCACAACACACAACAUGAGCCAUGACGAGACCACCCCUGCAGACUCUGAGGUACCUGAGCUUCCUCCUAAACCUAUGAAGGAGCUUUGUCGUGUGAUGUACCCGUACGACGCAGUAAACGAUGACGAGUUGACGUUGCGCGAGGGUGAUGUAAUCACUCUGCUCAGUCGGGAUGGUCAGGACAAGGGAUGGUGGAGGGGAGAGCUGCAUGGCAAAGUGGGAGUAUUUCCUGACAAUUUUGUCCAGGUCAUCACAACUGAUGAGUCAACUAAACCUGCCCGACCCCCUGCCAAGACCAAUGUUGUGACGACCAAUAGAGUGAAGGAUUCCAUCACCAGGCCAUCGCCCUCCGCUUCCCAAACCACUGCACAACGCAAGUCCAUUGAACUUCCACCCAAGCCUGGCAUCUACUCCCACACAAUUUUGAUGCGUUUCCCUCUUAAAACUGAGGUCAUUAAAAAAAAGUUGAGUGAUCAACCCAACUCCUCAAAUGAGAAGACCAGCCCGCCCAGCUUGAGCAAGAAACCAGUGCUACCACCACCACCACUUAAGAAGCCCCAGCGCAGUGCUAGUGGACCUGCCAUCAACAAGACGUUAACCGUAACGCAACCUGAGAUUAAGGGCAAUGUAACCACACCAACAAAACCCCCUGAGAGUCCGACUAACACAGGAACAGCCAAGAUUCCACUGACACCUCUGACGUUCUCACUAAGACAGAGCUCCGUGGACUCAGUUCGGACGAUGGCAGACUCCACAGACGGUGGAACUACCAGUCGGAUGUCAAGCUCUCUCAUCCUGGAGGCUGACAGGGAUAUGGACCUUGAUUGUGUGGGGCGAACCGCAAUGCUGACCCACCCCACGGCCUCUCGAGUGCGAGCUCCCCGCCGUCGCCCUCCCUCCGGGGUACCACUCAAAGAGGCAGCGGAGCAGUCAGCUGGUCUGGUCAACGGCAAUGCCGAGCCUCACUUCAGUCUGUUAGACGACAAAGCCAACAAGGCACCCUGGGUGGAGGAGUUAAAGAUGAACCAGGCUAAGAAAAUCUCUGCACAAGGCAGGACACGUGUGACGAUUGGUAGUACUGGAAGUGGUGGGGGAGGAGAAACAGUUCCACCCUCCUCUUUAUCUCCAGAGCCCCCCAAGGUGUCUCCCAGCUCCGGAGUUACACUGCGACCAACUGGUAGUUCUGCUGGCUCCCGACCACAGAGCAUGUUUGGUGGGCGUUCUUUCAGCCUUUCACCUUCGCCCUCAUCUCCUGACACUAUCACGAUAUCCCACAGGCAGUGGACAGAGCUCAAUGAGAAGGUCCAGAGAUUGGAAGCUAGGCUGGAAUCACAGCAUGAGACUUUUGUAAAGGCCAUCAAAGAGCUGACAAGUAAACUUGCUGACGAGACAGAGAGGAGACAGCAUAUGCAGACAGAGAUGGAGAAAUUAGCCAACUUUGUCACCCAGGUCUGAGGUUUCAGUCCAUAUAUAUUCACAUUCCUUUUUACAUUCCAUUCUGCUGUGCAGAAAUAGAGGACCCUUAUCAGUCUUUGGAACAAUGUUCAACAUUGGUUUUCUUCACCAUGCUACUUUUGUUUAUUAUUAUUAUUUUUUUACUUCAACUAAAAAAGGGAUUAAUUUGACCAUUGUAUUAUAACUGUGACAUGGUUCUUAUAGUGAAUAAAAUGACCCUGUGAAGCGUUUUAACAGAAAAAUAAAUUAAAUUAAAAAGAAAAUAAACACUGAAACAUGCCUCUUGUUUACAUUCUGUUAAUAAUUCCUUUUAUAGAAAUAGUUAAUGGUUUUACAACAAAGAACUGCACAAGAAACGACUGCCUGCGUUUUGUGAAUGUCAGAUCACAUGUAUAGGUUGUGAAUUGUUAUACCACAACAAAAAAUUUAUCUAAUAAGCAUUUAUGUUAAGUUUAAUUGGUUCAAGAAAUUAAUUCUAAUGUAACCUUUAUAGACUAUACUAUAAGUCUGACUGCCAUGUUGAGACUGUUCGUUGCCAGUCUGAGAGCUACAGCUCAAAACUCAAAAGUGCUGAUCAGUAAUCAGCCUUUUCAUAAGGUACAGUGAGCUGCAUGUUCCAGGACAAUCAUUAAAGUAACCAGAACUGCCUAAACAAUCAAGACUUUACUGUAUAGUCUGUGUGGAUUUACAUUUGAUUCUUUUUUUUACAUAUAAAAGUUUGUCACAUUAAUGCAAAAACAUUAACUAGUUCAAUAAUAAUUUAACGGACAAACUUUGGGCCAGCAAACACUUAAAAUUACAGUUAGACAUUAACAUAACUUUGUUUUAUUAUUUAUUCAUAAAAUUCUAGUAAAGAUUUUGCCACAAUGAUAACUCAAUUAUCUCUUUAAAUACAUAAGCAAGUAAGUAAAUACUUCAUACUAUAUAUUUUUAAAAGAAAACCAAUGUUUUAGGUUCCAGACAUAUAAAUUAAUCUUUUCUAACUAAAAAACGUUUUAUAUUCUCUUACAUUGUAAGCUUAUCAUAAAAUACAAUAUGUGACUUAAAACUGUUUUGUACAUAUUAUUUCUCGACAAUUAUGAAAUGUGAAACAAUGUAUUAUAUUAUUUUGUAAUUUAUUCUAAACGAUUUCAUAACAUUGGCUUAGAAAAGAGACAAUGUUAUAAAGUUGACAUUGGUAAAAUCACAAUAUAUCUUGCCAUUUUAAUAGUACACAACUUUGAAUACUUAUUGCGCAAGUGUUCAUCUAGUCUUUUUGUUAAGCAUAAAAUUCAGGUUUGUUUUUCUAUACUUUGUAACCAACAAACUUUGUCUAUGGGUUGCCAUGUAAAACCACAGAGAUUGUAUUUAAUAAUUCAAGAUUAUUUACUACUUUGAUCAUAGUACUACAUUCCACCUAACCUUAAGUGUUCUAAUGCGUAAUUUAAAUCUCUUAUACCAGAAAUUUGUUGUUCUUCAGUCAUUGUUAAAUUGUAGUGCUAGACAUUUUUCAAUUAUAUCUUAUUCAAUAUUAAAAGCUAUAAAAAUAACACUUAGUUUCUAUUUUUUAGUAAAAAACUUUGUUAGGUAGGAUUACACAAAUCUAUAUUAAUUAAAAAAUAUAUUUUUUAUAUAAGUUUCAUUCGAAAAUAAUAAGAUUUUACCAAUCAUAACUGAUUUUUUUGUGUAAGAAAACAUAAUCAAAUACAACGCCACAUUUUAGGAAAUACGUGUUAUUUAAGUUGUACAUAUUAAUAUGCAAUAUCAUAGGCUAAGCUGUAACUGUGUAUUUUUAAUACAAGAUGUACUUAUUUUGUUUUCAACUGUAUAGAAAUGAUUUGAGUUUGUACUCCUGUCAUUUCAUCCAGUUUUUACAAAGCGUUGCCAUAUUGUAAGUUUAACAAAUUUAGUACUUACUAAGAUUGUAUAUGUAUAUUGUAAGGAUAUGGUUUUAACACUAUUUAUUUUAAUAAGAUUUUAUAACAUUUAUAAAAUAUAGUUAACUAAUGUGUAUCUAGCAUCUCCUGUAUGUAUUCAUACCACGAACCUUGAACAGUCCUGUAGAAUGCUUCUUAGACUACUUGCUUGGGCUAAUUUAAAUGUAAAAUACUGUUCUGCUUUAGUUCCAAGAAAUUUACAGUUGAUGUUGAGUUAACUAUUUUAUGUGCAUUUAGAACCUAAAAGUUAAUUUAUAAUUUUCAUGUUGGGGCCAUUAAUGUGGUCUUGUGUCAGUGAGUUAAGUAAUUUGGCUAAGACAGUAUAAAAACGACUAAACGACUUAUAUAAGUUUAGUGUGAUAUUGUUUUUGCAUGUUUUCAAAUGUAUUAAAAAUUAAUAGAAAAAUUAUUUAUGUAAUUUAAAGUUAAUAUCCCAAAUUUAUUUUGUAUUAUUUACUAAAAUAUUUUGUAUAAUUCAAAAUGUUUGUAGUUAAUAAAUUUAUUUUUUAUUUUUAAAAGCAUGCCUAUAAAACUUGUUUUUAGCCAUUACUAUUGUUGUCUUUAUUUAAUGUUUUCAUAAUUUAUUAAUUUCAACACUUCAUCACAAACUUUCAUAAUAAAAGUUAUGUAAUCAAUGAAUAAAUCACAAAUUGUAUAAGUCAUUCAUCAUUGAAAUACUUUGUUAAUUUUUAUUAACUUAAUACGUUUACAACGGCAUGACCCAGCGGUGAGUCCAGGCGUUUUAUUAUGGAUGGAGUGACCCACCAGAAGGUCAUGCAACUAUAGUUUUCUAAUACUCUCUGAAUAUUAUCCGGUUGCAUUUUAUAGAAUGAAAAUGUGUUCACAGACACUAUUAGUCACUUUGGAUCAUGUUUAUUGAAAAAAUUUGCAUUUUUGGUAAAAAUGUUAUUGUUUUUUAAAAAGUAUGGUAAUUUCAGUUGUUGUGAACGUGUUAAUAAUAUUUUUUUCGUUAAAAAAGUGUUUAGUGGUGAAAGUAAAGAAUACAUUUUGUUGAUGUAGUGUUUAUGAUAAUUAUAAUGGUGCUUAUACAGUAGUUCUCUAUUGAUCAAUAUUCUUUUUUAUUGUUAGUGAUGUAACAAACAUUAUUAAUUUUUUUUCCAAAUGCUUUCUUUUCUGAUGGAGGAGACAUCUUUUAUAAUGAGUUUUACAAGACAAUGGUACAUUAUUUAUUGUAUUCAGUUCAUUUUUUCUCUCCCCCAAACACAAAAGAUUGGCUCAUUACAGAUUUUCAAUUCAUAUAUUUAUUCUAAAAUUGUAGUCUUGAUUGAUAUUUUGAGUUAAAUUUUAAUUCAUUACUUGAAAGGUUGAUAUGGUGUUAUCUUUAUCUGAGUCUGUCUGUAGAAAGAUAUCCAACUAUAUGUCUUCAUCAAGAACUUUUUCUCAAUGUGAUGAUAUAAUGUAUUAGUUGGUGAAAAUUUGAAAAUAUUGAAUCAUUACAGAAUGACCGUGAAAAUGUGUGACUCUAUGAACAAUUCCUAAUUUGACAUACUGCAAUAUUCCAUAGAAUAUCAAAUCUUCACUAGUUUUAUUGAUGGUUUGCAUCAGGAAACAUCGGUGCACCCAUACUACGCAAAAUUUUAAAAAUUUACUAAAACCAUUUUGAUUCAAAAUCAUUAUUAUAUCUGUUAUAGAAGUCGUGUUUAAUUAUUGUGUAUCGAUUUUACCAUAUGGCCAGAGUCAAAUAUAUAUCUAAUUGAAUAAAAUUAGUAAAAAACAAGUGCAAAACACUGAAUGACAGCAUUCUUUAAUUUGUUUGCUUCAGAAAGAUUCUCUUUUGGGAAGUAAUUGAAGGCAAUUCUAGAUAGGUCUAAAAUGUAAAUAAUUGUAACGAUGAUUUGAUACCUUGAUAGUGGUCGGAAAUCAUAAACCAUUUCAUCAUUGUUCCAGCUUCUUCUUUAAACAUCAAUAUAUUAUUAAAACCACUAUUGGUAUUGAAAUGCCUGUUUACAAUACAAUUUACGUGUUAAAAUGAACUUUGAACCUUGUCAGCCUCUGUGUCUGCUAAAAGUUUAUAUAAGUGUGAAUGCUUGUUCAGAGAGUUUUAUAAACUUUUUUUUUUUGUUAUGUCAGGACUCAAUAUCUGUACCGAUAUUUUACCAUUUAGUAAUAAAGGGAAAAUCAACGAACCGAAAAAAUAUUUAUUUAUUUAAUAAAAGUAUGUUAUAAGUAGUGUUAAAAAACUAAAAAUUGUACUUAAAUUGUUAUAAUCCUAUUGAAAAAGAAUUUUAUGUAAUCCGUAUUUUCUGAUGUAAAAAUUGUAUUGAGAAAUGGAAUAAACUACGUAAAAUAAAUUAGCUAAUUUCCUAUUCCAGCAAUAUAAAAUUACUCUGAUAAAUUUUCCUGACCAAGAUGACGUAAGUUAUUGAUCCCACCUUAUUUGCUGUGUAAAGAUUAUAAUACUUUGUGAAUUCUUGCUCAAAUUCCGCUAUGUUUUGUUAGUUUAAGAGUGUAGCAUGAAGAAUGAACCAUAUUACAACAAAUGUAUAACUUAGCUGCUUGCAUCUGGUUGUAUAACAAUAAUAAUUGACUGGAAAGUUUGUAAAGAAGUAACUGAUGUGAUUGAAAUCCAUGUUUUAUUUCCAGUCUAUAAAUUUCAAAUUUGCCUAACAUAUUUUCUGUUGCAGCUUUUUAGAUUAUAACUACUGUACUAUCAAUCAUGGUGCUGUUAUUUCCGAAAUGUAAUUAAAAUUUAAGUGUUUAGAUACAGUGUUACUUAACUAGAUCUGUAAAUUUGUUAGAGUUCCCUACUUGCUAAUAAUUUAUUAUAUUAUAUUAAAGGCAAAAUGCCAUUGCUGAUUUUAGUUUUUCAUACUAGUCUUAAGAUUGAAACAACGUAAAUGAAUGGUGCAGCUCAUCUAUAUAUCACAAACCCUAAAAAGAUCAGUAGACUCAUUACAUGGGUAUGUGAAGUUUAGUGAAAUAGUGUACCUCUAGGUGAAGGGCUUUUUUAUUUUGUAUACUUAAUUAAUGUUAUUUGUUACAUUUUUACAGACUGUCAUAAUGUGAUUUCUUUUUGUAUUUUUCAUCCUCUUCAAUUUUAUUUUUAUUAUUAACAUACAUAUUUAGUCAAUUUUGCAUUUACUAAAACAAUAUAAUUGGACAAAACCUUCCUUCCAUUUUUGUCUUAAAAUCUGUGAUGCAUAAUAGUGCAUGAAAUGAGUUAAUAAUGUUAAGUUAUAUUAGUCAGUAGUCUCAGCUAAAAGUUUUCAAACAGUCAAUGCCCUGUAGCAUAAAAUUUAAAAAAAAAGAUGUUUAUUCCCCUCGAACUCAUUGUACAACAUAGAAAAAUUCUUUAUUUACAGUUACAACACAAUGCACACAAAGUAUUGUGGUUUAGAAGUGUAAUGAGAAUUUCUGUUAGAAAGAUAUUAUGAUACUUCUUACAAAAGGUUAUCCCAGAUAAUAACCUCAAUAAACUUUGAGUUUGUAUAUAAUUCCAACUUUCUAGCCAUCAGUGACUGCCUCAAUUGAAAUGCUACUCAAGUGUCACCACCUUAACCUCAGUAACACAAACCUCGCUAUCAAGAAUCCUCCAAUAACACAAUCUAUAUAAUUAUAUAAAACUUAAUCGUAGAAUACAGUAAUACGGGGAAAGUCUAUGUAACCAAAUUUGAAAUGGUUAAUUGUAAAUUUAUCUAAUGGUUGCUGUUGUGUCAGUUGUAAUUGCCACAUACCUCAGAACUCAACAUUUUGUUUCGAAGUCAAUAAACUAUAUUUUGAAAGAUUGCAUUUUAAAAUUAUAUUCGGAUAAUGAUAACCCAGCAAUAUAUAGGAUUCUUGUGGUUUAGUCGUAAAUCUAGAAAUGAAAUUAAUUGGUACCGUUGUAUGUUACAUAAUGUGUAACCUACGUUUUUGAGAAUUGAAAUUACCGUCUUCCUCAAGUGUAAAAAUAACGUAAUACAUAAUCAUGCUCUUUUUAGGUGUGCUCAAAACAUAGUAUUAUACAAUUUGUUAUACACAAUGAUCAUAAAAACCAAAUGUUUGUGUGUGUUUAUUUUGGUUAUAAAUGACUGAAAUCCUAUUAUCCUUUCAAACCAUCCAUCAUUAAUAACAAAUUUUACACAAAGAAAAUUAAUAUCUUGAACUUCAGCCUUGUUGCUACAGAUUUCAGUGUCAUAUCAAAAUAAAAUUUAUACAUGUCCCUAAGUAUUAUGUAACAACAUUAUUGCUACUUCAGAGGCAUUGGAAACAGAAUACUGGGGCAGGGGUGUCCUCUAUCGUUUCAUUAAUCUUUAUGAGAGUCAUGGUAAUGGCAUUCAAUUGUAACAUAAUAAUUUCUUUAACAUUCUCUGUUGAAUUUAAGUGCUUUCUUCAAACAAGCUGAUUUAUGAAUUGGUAUCUUUAUUUUUGAAACAAUAAUAUUAGUUAAUUAUCUUUAAUUUAAUAAGUUUUUGUUUAUUCUGGGUAUCAUACAAGUGAAGGGAGGUGCAGUCCUUGAAAUUGCAUAUUUUUAUCUUAAAUUACUCAAUAGUAUAUUUUACUAAAAAGUUGUAUCAUACUAGUCGUAAAUGUUCUCUUGGAGUAUUAUGAUUUUAUGUGUUGCAUUUUAAAUAUUGUUGAAAAAUAUGUGUGCUCAAAUAAUGCUUUUAUUAGUUUUAGUUGAUGUCAUACCUUGUAACGUUAGACGUACAAAGGAUUAAUUGACAAAAUCAAGAACGAUACUAUAAAGUAGUGUGAAAAUAUUACACAAAACCUAAGAGAAUGUGUAAUUACAUUGAAUGGUGAAAGUAAACUAUUGAAAAAUGAAAAUGUGGAACAUUUUCAAAAUUGACAAGUUAACCUAAAUUAGUCCGUCCCAGUGCAUAACUGGACAUGAUGUGUAUAAACAAGUGUACAGAACUCUGGUUGUGCUUGCGAGUGGGGCCUUAGAUCGGUAGUUUACCUUUGUUUAUAACUUUACUUCUAAAGGGUUUCAAAUCAGUAUUACUACUACUGUUACAGAAAAGUAAAUACAAUGUUAUGUUUUGUAAA